AAUUAUUUAAUACUAUGCACUGAAAGAACCUCGUACGAAUGUAAACAAAAUAAAUUGUUUUAAUUUAUUUUGUUAUUUCGUGAAGUUAUACUUUUAAAAUGUUUAGCCCUUUUUUGGGUUAUAGACUAGUUGACGAGUGACGUCACGCGCACCUGCAAAUAUUAGACUACGCCCACUGGUUGGCAAAAAGAGGAUGAUCUAAAGGCUGAAUCAUUAUGACUCGGAAAGGUGUUGUAAGUCUGCGCUUAAACCAGGACCAAGGCUGUUUUUCCUGUGCCACUGAAUCCUGGUUUCGAGUUUACAAUGUGGAACCAUUGGCACAAAAGCUGAACCUAAGCUAUGGAGACACAGAGAUGGUGGGCAGUGUGGCCUCUGGGGAGAUGCUGUUCCGCUCCAACCUGAUAGCCAUGAUCGGGUCUGGCAAUGGCCGCAGGUUUGAUGAGAAAGCAGUUGUGAUCUGGGAUGAGACUCGCAAGGAAGCAGACCAGAAAGUUGUACUGGAUAUUACAUUUCCCCAGCCUGUGAUUGCAGUCCGCUUAAAAAAGGACAGACUGAUUGCUGUGUUAAGAAACCAGGUGCACGUGUUCACAUUUCCCAACAAUGUACAGAAAUUACAGACAUUUGAAACAAGGGACAAUCCUAAAGGUCUGUGUGAAGCGAGUCCAUUCGGAGGGACCCUGGCCUUUCUGGGCCCCGGCAAGGCUGCAGGCAGUGUACAGAUCGUUAACUUGGACAAAAUCCAGCCUGGUCAGACACCCGCGCCGGUGACUAUUCAUGCCCACAAGGGGGAGGUGGCAUGCCUCGCUGUCAACCAGAAUGGAACAUUGCUCGCUACAGCCUCUGUCAAGGGCACCCUCAUCCGAGUGUAUGACACCACUAAGAAAACUAUGCAACUGGAGCUAAGAAGGGGGGCUGAUCCAGCAAAACUCUACUGCAUAUCGUUCAGCUUGGAUUCUGCUUAUCUGUGUGCCUCCAGUGACAAGGGAACAGUGCAUAUAUUUGCUGUAAAAGAAACACAACUGAACAAGCGAUCCACGUUUAAGAGGAUGGGCUUUCUGGGUCAGUAUGUGGAGUCUCAGUGGGGUCUGGCCAACUUCACUGUGCCUGCAGAGUGUGCCUGUGUGUGUGCCUUCGGACCCAACCAGUCUGUGAUAGCUGUGUGUGUUGAUGGAACAUUUCACAAGUAUGUGUUCACGAAAGAUGGAAACUGCAACAGAGAAGCAUACAAUGUUUGGCUGGAAAUUGGCGAUGACAUGGACUGAUGGACUUAUUUUUGUAUCAUCUUCAUAUUAACACAUAGGCACAGUCUGACUUGUAUAAAAUCAGAUUUGCUGCUAGCUGACAACAAUUCAGCAGGAAGGAAAGAUGGUUUUCAGGUACCAAUCUUCUGUUCUAGAAUUGAAAUGACUGCAAACUACUGGAAUUUCUAGAGAAACACUAGUUUAUCUUGAUAUAGAUUCUAACUCAUGAAAUAUGAAAGAAAUAACUGUUCCUAGAAUAUCAAAGGAUUGUGGUAAUAACAUGUUUAGGAACAAAAGUACUUUUAAUGCAUUUGUUUAUUUGCUGUGACAUCUUGAAGUUAUUUGAUAAAUGAAAACUAUAGCAAGCCAAAAAUAAGAAAACUAUUUACCGACAAAGUUUGCUCAACACUUGUUGAAAUUAAUUAUUGUCAGCAUGAGAAUGUUGCAAGCAGAUUUGCACUUUUUAAGUAUGGAUAAACUUCCCUGCAAUUGUUUACAAAUAGAUGGAAGAGUACUGAUAAAGAGCAUUGUGUAAAUUUUCUCACUUAAACCUCAUGAUGCUGAAUUAACUCGUCACCCAACAAAAAAUCGUAUGCAGUAAGGAUAACCUUGGCCUGUGUGGACAAGUGUUCAUUUGUAAAUAAGCUGUACUCUGGGAAAACAGGGCUUAAUGCAUGUGCUUCACAGAUAAGCUUGUGCACAGAAGAUAGGGAACUUUCAUUUCAAGAAGUCUCUUGUAAACAGAAAUCCAGUCAAGGUGGAAAGUGUCGUCCCUAAUGAAACCGUGCGGACUGCACAGAAUAAUUUGGUGACACUUCAGGCAUAUGCAUUAAGACCUGUUUCCAAAAGUGUGGCUUAAAUUUUUUCAUUCAUAAUUUAUUGACUCAAGUUCUGUAUUAUUCAAUUGUGAUUAACCGUCAUUAGUGUUUUUGUAUUUUGUUUUGUGUUCUGUAAUUUAAGAUUAUAAAGUAAUAAAAUUUCUAAACAAUU